CCGGCUCUGAUGCGGUCAAGGUCCAGAGAGCUGAGUAGUUGGCAAGCGGACCACCAGCAACAGACAACAUCUUCAUUCGGCUCUCCCUGAAGCUGUACUGCCCCGCUGAGAGGAUGAAGGUCUCCGAGGCUGCCCUGUCUCUCCUUGUCCUCAUCCUUAUCAUUACUUCGGCUUCUUGCAGCCAGCCAACUUGCAAUGUGAUUCCUUCAGAAGUUCCUGAGUGGGUGAACACCCCAUCCACCUGCUGCCUGAAGUACUAUGAGAAAGUGUUGCCAAGGAGACUAGUGGUGGGAUACAGAAAGGCCCUCAACUGUCACCUGCCAGCAAUCAUCUUCGUCACCAAGAGGAACCGAGAAGUCUGCACCAACCCCAAUGACGACUGGGUCCAAGAGUACAUCAAAGAUCCCAACCUACCUUUGCUGCCUACCAGGAACUUGUCCACGGUUAAAAUUAUUACAGCAAAGAAUGGUCAACCCCAGCUCCUCAACUCCCAGUGAUGACCAGGCUUUAGUGGAAGCCCUUGUUUACAGAAGAGAGGGGUAAACCUAUGAAAACAGGGGAAGCCUUAUUAGGCUGAAACUAGCCAGUCACAUUGAGAGAAGCAGAACAAUGAUCAAAAUAAAGGAGAAGUAUUUCGAA